AUGAUGCGGGAAAUGAAUCAGAAACUGCUCCCUUCCUGUGUGAAUGAAAAAUGGCCGGCGAUUUUACCAACAACUCGAUUUUGUGUCCAAAUGUUUUGAUGUUAUCUACCAGACAUUGCGAUUGUGAUGUAUUUGUAUCACGCGAAUUGGCGUUUACUUGUACAUAGUAAAAUCAUCGCUGCCGACGCCAUGCACCAUAUUGAUAUUGUAAACAUCAGCUUAUAAAGCGACUAUUUUGACAAUGUAUUGUGAAGCCAUACCUCACCAAUGUCGAACCGGACGCUAACAUUAGAGUGUGCACUUGUUCAAACUAUGGGGAAUGGAGAGAGCACACAUAACUACAGAGGACCAGAUUUUAGAACCCCAGCCAUGUCUAUCCGACUCCCAAUGCCCGACUCACAUGAGCUCGAGCGCAGAUUCACAAAAGUCCUGGCCUCCAUGGACCUGCCACCGGACAAAGCUAAAGUACUCAAGAAUUAUGACGAUGAAAAGAAAUGGGACUUGAUUUGUGACCAGGAAAGAGUCCAUGCGAAGGAUCCGCCCCAUGUCUACCUGGACCGACUGCGGACCUACCUGGACCCGCGUUCCAGUCGUAGUUCUCGGCGCGGAGCGGCCUGUGUAUUCUUACCUGUGGUUGUCCUUCCUCUACAGUGUGGUAUAAUAGAUAGUAAGAGGAAGAUGAUGGGAGACAAUACGUCCACACAGGUACUGCGGGACCUGGAGAUAUCACUGCGCACCAACCACAUCGAAUGGGUGCGAGAGUUUCUCAAUGAAGACAACCAAGGUUUGGAUGUACUGGUAGAUUAUCUGUCCUUCACACAGGUCAUGAUGAGGAGGGAACAGCUGAUGACCAAGGAGAAGAGUGCCAGUCUGGAUGGCCUCUCCAAGAGUCCUGUUCGUCGACUCAAGCGGUCCAACACUAUUGGCUCUCCUCGGGGGAUGUUAAAGUCGUCCAAACUGAACAUGGGUGAGGCUCGCGAUGACGUCCACGUGUGUAUCAUGUGUCUACGCGCCAUCAUGAACCAUCAGUAUGGAUUCAACCUGGUGAUUGCCCAUAAACAUGCCAUCAACUGUAUAGCACUAAGUCUAAAUCACCGAAGUCUCAGGACGAAGGCGCUGGUUUUAGAGCUACUAGCAGCAGUAUGUCUGGUGAGCGGGGGACAUGAGAUCAUAUUGUCAGCAUUUGACAAUUUUAAGGAGGUGUGCGGAGAGAGACACAGAUUUGAAACACUCAUGGAUUAUUUCAGGAAUUUUGAAGAGUUUCACAUUGAUUUUAUGGUGGCUUGUAUGCAGUUUGUAAAUAUUGUGGUUCAUUCGGUCGAGAACAUGAACUUUCGUGUCCACCUGCAGUACGAGUUCACGCAGAUUGGUCUGGAUGACUAUCUCAUGAAACUUCGACACACUGAGAGUGACCGGCUGUCGGUGCAAGUGCAUGCCUACCUGGACAAUAUGAUAGAUGUUCAACAGCUGCUGGAGGAUUCGGAGACCAAGACUGAGGCUCUGGAACGUGCCGAGGAACUAGAGGACGAACUUUCACAUGCACAUGAAAGACUUCAGGAAGUAGAAGAUGAAGCCAUGUCCAAAACAGUGGAACUGGAGAAACAGUUAUCAGAUUCAAAUCAAGAUAUUGAAGAGUUGCGAGAUUAUUUAUCAAAACAGGAGAUAGAAAUGAACUCUUUACGACAAGUUGUUAAUGAAAAGGACGAGGAGUCGAGGAAGAGGCAAAGUAUACUAGAGGCUAAACUCCAGGAAAUUGAGCAAAUUAAACAGACUCUUCCGUCAGGUGUAGGAGCUGCUGCUGCCAGUGCCAGUGUGCCCAUGGCCAAUUUCCCCCCUCCCCCAGCCCCUGCUGCACCCAUGCCNCCAGCACCUCCAGCCCCAGGGCGAGGACCACCAGCUCCCCCACCCCCACCUGGACCUACUUCUGGACCAACUAUGUCAGCAAUGACAAUAAAAAAGAAAAUCCAAACCAAAUACCGUUUGCCAAUCCUCAACUGGACGCCCCUCAAACCUCAGCAAGUCAAAGGCACAGUUUUCGCAGACCUGGAUGAUGAAAAGCUUUACCAUGUGAUAGAUUUUAAUGAGUUUGAGGAGAUGUUCCGCCUGAGUACAGGACCAUUGAGAGGCGACGAUGAUAGCACACCAAAGUUACUCAAGAAACUACGCAAACCUGAGAGCGUCAGUCUGUUAGAACCAAACAGACUACGCAAUGUGGCCAUCACGAGGAGGAAGAUAGAAAUGACGAACGAAGAGGUGAUGAAAUCAAUCAAUAGCCUUGACCUGAAACGACUGUCUCUGGACAUGGUGGACAUCCUACUGACCAUUAUGCCCAAUGACCAAGAGGUCAAAGCAUACAAACAAUACGAGAGAGAUCGCAAACCUAAGGAGCGCCUCACAGACGAGGACAGGUUCAUGUGUAUGUUCUGUAAAGUAGAAAGGCUGUCACAGAAGCUGAACAUCAUGAGUUUCAUUGGUAACUUCCAGGACAGUAUACACCACCUCACACCUCAAGUACAUGCUGUGAUAGCAGCCUCCAUGUCUUUAAGGAAUUCACAGAAAGUCAAGAAAAUGUUGGAGGUGAUUCUGGCGAUUGGUAACUACAUGAAUAGUUCUAAGAGGGGAGCAGUGUACGGCUUCAAACUCCAGAGCCUGGACAUGCUAAUGGAUACAAAGUCAGCGGACAAGAAGACCACACUUGUCCACUACCUGGCUCAAACAGUCAAUGAAAAGUUCAUGGACAUCGUAAACUUUGAAUCAGAGCUGCGCUUCUUGGAGAAAGCUGCUGUUGUAUCACUGGAGAAUAUUCUCACCGACGUGCAUGAUUUGGAAAAGGGGAUGGAAUCUACCAAGCGUGAAUUCGAUGCACGGAAACAUGCCCGAGACCAACCACCUAUUCUAAAAGAUUUCUUACAAAACUCGGAAGAAAAGCUUAAAAAAUUGCAGGGUGAUGUUAAAACCGCUCAGGAUUCAUACAAGAGAGUGGUGGAGUUUUUCGGAGAGAACCCUCGUACGGUGUCCCCACAAACUUUCUUCUCACAGUUUGUAAGAUUUGUCGGUGCUUUCAAGCAAGCAAUGACUGACCUCGAAAAGAAGCGAAGGAUGGAGUCUGCUGCCAUGGAGGAGGUCAUGCCCAGUUCCCAAGGACGCAAGAACAAGAAAGUCACAGCGGAGGCUGUGGUGUCUGAACUGAAGACAAGAAACAAACAGAUCAAGGAGAAGAAGCUGUUGGGCAAGGAUGAGGUUUACCACGGGGCUCUCGAGGACAUCCUACUGGAUCUGAAGAAUGAGCCAUAUCGCCGUGCAGAUGGUGUGAGGAGAAGUCAGCGACGUCGUGUUGAAGAGGCACUAGCACCUACUUACACCCACAACGAACAUUUCUAGUUAUCUUUCGGGCCACAUUCACAUCCAAACAUGAGUAGUUCUCUAGCUAGUACUGAGACAUCCUUGUGUAUGUCAGUUUGUGCAGUGGGUGUUUCCACACUGCUGAACCAACCGCAUGUUAGCCUUGUGGAAACAAACUAUCGCAAUAUGGGAGGCUAACCUAGAAGAUGAAACAGGUUUAAGUAACGUUGAGCGAUUGCCUCACAUGAAGUUUCUGUUUCUAGGCCUACGGUUCACAUUACAGAUAUAUUUGAUGUUGAAAUGCAUCUUAAAAAGUUGCAUUGCCAACAUGGACUCAUAUGUUCACACAUAUAAAUCUCAUUUUACUAUACAUUCACACAUACAAACCUCAUGUGCACAGAAUUAUUCUGACAUUACUUUUAGUCAGGCCAUGAAUGAAUGGCUUCUGAUUGGCUGAUAAGGACUAAUAGAAAAGGAGCUAGCUUCUGGUGGUUGGUUGCUGUCAUAUGAUUGAAAGAACUAACUUCGCUGCUGAUUCAAUGAAAGGAGCUUGCCGCUGAUUGGUUGCUGUUAUAUAUGCAGAUAUGAUGGGAGGGACUAAAUUUUAAUAGUUUUCUUCCAUCUAGAAAUGUCACAGACACUUUAUAUAAUAUAUAGAUAUUUCUAGUCGCCAUUCAUUGAUAAACAGGCUUUUUUUCUGUUGUGUAUCUGUUGUAGAAUUAACAUAUGUGUUGUCCAAUUUUAAAUUGUGAGAAAAUGUUGCAUCCUAUAUUUUUUAAAUGAAUGUUUGAAAAAUCAGGUUUUAUUUUAAUAUCAGAAAUUGAUAUAUUUGCAAGGUUGGCUGUAUUUGGGUUGUGUAGACAACUAGGCUGUACCCAUCACACAAUUGUCAUGUACUGACACACUAAUGUCCAAGUGUAGUCUGCAAUAAGUAUUAGAGUCUAACAAAAUGUCUGUUAAAUCCAGAGUACUUCUGUAUUAGUCAGAAAUUUUGAAACUCUGAUAGCUGUAGAAAGAAAUUCAACUAUGGUUUCUGCAGCUAAACCUUUGCAUGCUGAUAGAAGUGUCCCUAAAAUGGAAAGUCUUUUAAUAGAUCUCAACUAGAGUUAUUUAAUGAUUUUUAUUUACAUUGUAUUGUAAACAAACAACAGUUUGGAAGUAACCUUCAGCUAAAGCUUGUUUGUUUUAUAUUAAACAGUUGUACAAAUUUGAUCAGAAAAUGAAUUUAAAACCAAGAUAAAGCGUUAUUUUGAUAUAAAACCCCAACUUUUCUUUGUAGUGAAACAUAAAGCAAGAAUUCAGACUUCACUAAAAAAAAUAAGUUUUGAGUAAAAGAUAAAUUACAGUUUUCUUUUUCGUAAAUGAAACAAAAAAAACAAUAACAAACCACACAGCCAGAAGAGUAAACAUGAGUCACCUGCAUUUAGAAAAAUAUAUUCUAAUUUAGAUAUUGCAACCUGAUGUUGCACUGUCUUGCUUUAAAUGUAGCGCAUGUGUACUGCAGCUUGCCAUAAGUUAAUGAUCAUUAUUCCGCUAAUUUAUGUUAUAUGUAUUCAUGUUAUCAUUUACACUUUAUUAGUCAUCACAAAGAUUUAUGUCUAUCAAUUAUUGCUUUUCAGCCAUACAAAUACGAACAUUUUAUAACUUAUCUAUGUCUUGCUUGAGGAACAAAUGGCCAGUUGUCAAAAAGUCAUUUGAUAUAUAUCCAUGUAUAUGUAUAAUUGAAACAAUUAUACCAUUUAACAACCCAUUUGGAAGUAUUGGUCGGAGGUGGGAUCUCGGUGGCUUGGCACUUAAAAUUAAAUUAAGAUUAUUUCAGUAAAUACUGGAAUAGUGGAAAUUAUUGUGAUAUUGAAAUGUUCCUCGACUCCCAUUUGAGGAAAAUUUGUGUAAAAAUAGGCACACAUGAGUAUAUAGAUUUAUCGUACAUCUUUAGAAAUAUAUUAAUAAUGUCCAUGGCCUGCUGGAUACCCAACCUACUCGGUAGUGAAGCAGACAUAAAACCAUGUGAUUGGUACAAUGAAAAUAUAUAAACAAACUGGAUGACGUUCUGAAAUUGUGAACUAUUAACUAUGACAUCAUAAUAAAAAUCAGUUGCCUGGCCAUGGAUGAGAUUUAGCGUGAUGGAAAGACCUUCAACUGAGACUUAAAAUAAUAGUAUAUAUGGAUUUCAGAACCACUAACAAUGUGAGAACUUCCGUAUUGCCAUCAGUGUGAAGAGCCGCUACACAAAUAUUUCUACAUGCUAGACUUUCUACUUCUACUGUAUGUGAAGGUGUUGACAUAGGGUGGAUGGGAGAUGUUGUUUUGUAUGGGACACGCUGUGAUAUAUACACAUGAUGACUAUAGAUACAUGUAUUUCAACAUUGAUUUGUAAUUAGAAAGUAGUUUUUUCUUCCUGUUGUCGCAAAACUUAAUAGAAAGUUCAAAUUAACAAGUAAUUUGAACACUUGUUUUAUAUAAAAUCUUCUGCUGACGAGACCAAUGCAUUUGUGUUAACGCCAUGGUUGUUUAACCUUUGACCUGUUGGGUAUGGUGAGGUGCUGUUUUUGACCAGUGACGUGGUUUGUCUGAUGUGUUCAUGUCUAUAAAUACUCUUGUCAUCUAUCAUCCGAGCCUCACCCAUCAACCUCUCGUCUCCUUAGCAGUUAAAGAUACAUAGGUACAUAUAUACAACACACAAUUAAAUACUCCAUUUCUCAUGCUCAGUUUCUCAGAUCUUCUUUGCUUUGAAAUACAAAUUUAAGGUUUUUCCUACUUCAGUAGUUAAGGAACUAAACUUCUCCACAUAUUGUAUGCCGGGAAAUUUUUACCCAGUCAAAUAUUUGCCUUUCAGCAGUGGAAUCCAUCUUAUUCCAGUACUAACUCGGCCCUUCACAUGUUAUUUCUAUAUAUGAUAUCUGCUCUCAUGAUAAAUUUGCCGUCAAUACAGAAAGGCAAAAGUUCAAAUGCAGCAAAUGUUUUCAAGUACACAGUACUUUUCCAUUGUUUAGAAGAACUGAUUUAUAAAUAGGGAGAAGAGCCAAGGCCGUUCCAAUAUUAAGUAGGAUCCUUUUGUUGGGUGUUGGCUGGACUGAAUUUAGUUACAAAGAAUUUAAAAUUCAGAUGUACUGCUGUUUAUAAGGGGAAAUAAGACGUAUUAAUGAUUUGUAAUCUCAUGCCAUUAAAAUAAGUAUUUUUAACUGCGCAAUCUCUCAUAAAUGCUUGCCAAAGAUAACUUAAUUCGUCACAGUAGUAUAUGUUUUUUCCCCAUAAAGUUUUAGACUUCAUUUGUAAAAGUGUAUUUAUUAUUUGCAAUUAUCUGACAUAUUGGAAGAAAGGUCAUAAUAUGUUGUGUUCAAUAGGUGUUGUGGAUCAACCUUGGUGUGUGGUGGCCAGGAUACUUCCCAGUAGAGACAUGGUGGGUGGUGAUAUUAUUGGUGGCAUUUCCCCGUAGUUUAGAGGUGACUGUAAAUAGCACAUUGUUGUACAGUGUCCGCUGUGGUCCAACACUCACUAUCCUACUCAUUCCUGUUAUGUACUUUAAUACGGAGUUAACAUCUCUGUAUUGCAGAUAAUCUUCUAAUGACCUUAAUUAACAUUAGUCGUUUAUUAAAUAGGGACGGACCAGGUAUACUGAUGUUUCUAUAGGGACGCGCCAGGUAAACUGAUGUUUCUAUAGGGACGCACCAGGUAAACUGAUGUUUCUAUAGGGACGCACCAGGUAAACUGAUGUUUCUAUAGGGACGCACCAGGUAAACUGAUGUUUCUAUAGGGACGCACCAGGUAAACUGAUGUUUCUAUAGGGACGCACCAGGUAAACUGAUGUUUCUAUAGGGACGCACCAGGUAAACUGAUGUUUCUAUAGGGACGCACCAGGUAAACUGAUGUUUCUAUAGGGACGCACCAGGUAAACUGAUGUUUCUAUAGGGACGCACCAGGUAAACUGAUGUUUCUAUAGGGACGCACCAGGUAAACUGAUGUUUCUAUAGGGACGCACCAGGUAAACUGAUGUUUCUAUAGGGACGCACCAGGUAAACUGAUGUUUCUAGAGAGCCUUGACAAACACUUUCAAGAACUUCAUUAACAUUUGCAGGUAUGUCAGGCUUCGUUGCUGAAAUUGUACAUUUAAAAAAUUGGAGGAACCAGUUUAUCCACAUAAAUGAACAGGUCCCUGAUGCCAAUGACUCAAGAAAAAGGUUGAUAGAAUAUAACUUAGAGCCAAAUAUUGAAAGAACAUUAAUAUAUACAGUAUGUAAUGUAUCAGAGGAGGUGAUGCUAGACAUACACGUCUAUCUUGUAUACCAGUAUAAACUACAAGAAGCUUUACAGUCAUAGUUCACAUUUAAGUCCUAUAAAAUAGGAAGUUUUCAAACAAGAUUAUAGACAAGAACAUUUAUGUUCUAAACAUGAAAACAUAAAUUAAUAUAAAAAAAAAAAUCUUUCACAAAAUGAAACCUUUUCUUCCCAGCUAGUAAUAUCAUUAUUUAUAGCAUAAUAUAUUAUACUGAGGUUUCUUUUCUGAGACCUUUUUGCCCGUGUUUCUUUUAAGAAAUACCAAACCGUUCUUACAAGAACAAUUACCAAAACCAUCCCAACAUAAGUGGUUUGGUUAAAACUUGAUUAGUGCUUGUUUAGUUUUUAACAUUUUAGGGUAAGUCGGGCUAAAGUGAGAUUGAUACGUAAUAGUAUCACAUAGGGUGGGGGGCGUCGGUGUUGUCUUCAGGUCUUAAACUGUCUACGCAAGUUUGUCAAAGUCAAUCAGCAUUUAAAAGUCUUCCAGUUACUAGAUUGUCACUUCAGUAAAUAUUUCAUAUCAUACUUCAUAAAAUCUAAAAGGUCACCAAAUAUAUUUAGCUGCUGUUCCGUUCAAGACGGCCGUUCCCAAUAUCAACUUGUUGUCAUUAAUUGUGUAAGUUUAUAUCGCUGUAAAAUGCUACUAACACAGAUUUUAUUUUACAAAUUACUUUUCAUCAAUAAGGUUGAUAUUAAGUAAGCUUCCGUCAGUGAAGACACUUAUAGUUGUUAUGAAAUUGUUUUAUUAAUAAGAUUUUGGUGCAUUAUUAAUAUUUCUGUAACGUUUUGAACAUGCAUAGAAUACUUACCAUUAUUACUUCAAAUCACCUCUAACCUGUUAUAAGGGGUAAAUUUCUCUCAACACUUGAUAGAAAUACUUACCGCGUCAAGUUGAGUUGAGCCUUUUGGAGAGUAGAUAUCUGAUUUAAGUGGCACACGAACCAGGUAGCAAGAAUUGAUCGGUCUUUAGAAUUUGUUACUAAAGCUAAGUGGAAUCAUGUCUGUGAUGUCAUCAAGGGGGUCAAUGUCAUAAUCAUCAAAACACUAUCAUGUUAUUGAGAUUCAGUGUCUUCAAACAGAUAUUUUGUAAUCAUUAGCUGUAAUCGGAAAAGAAAAAAGACAACUCAUCAAGUUUGUAAAUUCAUUAAAUGUGUGAAUUGAUUUAAAAGUUAAAGAUUUUUGUUGAUAUUUUUACAUGGAUUGAUUGAUGAUGAGAAUCAAAGGUUGAGGAUUCCUGUUGAAAGAUGAGGCAAGUUUGUACUAGCCAUUAUGUAGAACAGGAAACAGGAUUAAUGCAAUGUGUUGUAUGCUUAAGGAGAUGCACAUUGUUACUGGGUAGGACCGGAAUCAAAACCCAAUUGUACAUUAAAGGAAUUUAAUAUUAUUGGUAGAAUUAUGAAAAUUAUUCAGACAUAACGUAAAUUCAUAGUGCUUUUGAUUACACAGUUUUGAUAUUAUCUAGGAGACAGGUUUGUUCUGUGUAUCAAUUUGUAGUAUGAUGAUGCAGCUUCUUCAGCAAGGAAUCCUGUUAUGCAAAGUUCGACUGUUUCGGUCAGAGAAAAGCAAUUAGAAACGUUUUGGACAGUAAAAUAUGAAUACAAUGAUGCUGAAAGUUAGUUCAGGUCAUUAGAAUGUGAUAGUAACCACUAGAAAAACCCCAGUAAAUAUUCCAUACAUAUUUACUAAAACGAAAUAUUUAAGUUUUGUGAUUGCUGAAUUAAAGAAAAUGUAAACUUGAAGGGUGAGGAGUGAAUGGUCUUUGUACUAUUUUGUGAUGCAUGGAAAAAUGCUACUUUUGUGACAUCAAAAUAUGUACAUUUUGAGGCCGUUUUGUGUGUGUGGUUGUGGUAAGGUUCAAGGUGUAGUGACAGCUACCAGAUACAGAAGUAUUGUCUAAUCUGAUAGUAUACAGUGUACAGUUACAAAACAGAUGGUUUUAUAUGUUUAACUAUUUGGAUGCAGAGUUACCGACAUUGUAAAAGGUAUGCUUGCUAUUUUCCACAAAUAAUGUGAUAUAAAUGAUAUCUAGCUUGACAGUUUUAACUCAUUCACCCCUGAAGACAUUUGAACUCUUUCAGUUCAAAGGUUGGAUUAGUUCAUUAUGAAAUUUCAGGGGUGAAUGAGUUAACCACACAAACAAAAUUGUCCAAAGACUGUUCCGACCUGGAACAUUUUAUUGGUCUGUAAAUCUAGAUUUCUCGUUACUCUACAAGGAGAAUGAGAAUCGUAUCCAUACUUCGGCACUUGUAAACAAUUGGCCUCAAAUUACGCAGAUAGGAGUAUUGAUAAGCACUUGGCCCAUGGGCUUAGUUUUCGCUGAUAAUGAAGUUAAUGAACAAAUAUUCAAUUCUAUGUAAUGGUAUCCACUGGUUUGAUAUGUUUGCCAAAAUAAUAUUUAUAUGAAUAUUGAUACAGAGUACUUGUUGCUAAACAGUAAAGCAUUUAGUCAUCAUAUACCUAUUUUUUACAUUCCUUUUCAUAGUAAAGAGAGUAUUAGAUUUUUUUUCUACUUUAUCAGAUUAAAAAAAAAGGCAUCACUUUACCAGCACUGAGAACAGUGCUAAAAUAUAUAUAUGUUGGACCAAUAAUAGGCCACGCUUAGGGAAGUGGUCUAAACAUUGAUCACUGCACCACUUCUCAUUGGGGGCAGCUGACUCGGCAACAGAGUCUGGCUUUUAUUACAAUCCAAGAUGUUUUUUUGUACAGAUUGCAAGACAACACAACAUCCAAUGUAUUUAAAGUAUUCAUACAUUUUACAAUGCAAUUUGUAAAAUAAAAUGAAAUAUCCUAUUA